AGUUACCACAAAAUCAACAUCAGCCCCGUUGAGUGGAGGCCAUCAUCCAUCGUCGUCUCAAGAAGAGUUUUGCCUUUUUCGUGUCGGGGAGACGGAAUUUUGUUGCUCCUGAAAACCUUUUUGAUGCCGCCGAUUUGGGUCGAAAAGUAGCCAUUCGGAUUGGUGCGGUCGCGUUGCGUGUAGUGAGUUUAUUUUUCGUUGUUUUUUUAAGUUAAUCAGUGAGUGCUCCUGGUGUAGAUUGCAGUGUAGUUUGUAGAACCAACAAACAAUCUACGACAACUACACAUUUAAUUUUGUGUUGUUUCACCGAAAAGUAUGAUAUUCAAAUGAAAAGAAGAAAAACAAAAUAAAAAGUGUUGUUUGUCCUCCGGGGAGCUCACCAAGGGCAACGAAGAACGUCGUGAGCAGUGUUAUAGAACCAAUUUCAACCAUUUUCACGAAGCAUCUAGUUUACCAGAUGUGCAUGGAGUCCGGGUUCCGGAACAAUAGCAGCCAAGCUGGAAUCGUCUGAUAUAGGUUUGUGGGAAAUGUCCUCCGCGGCUGGGCAUCAUCUAGCGGCGACAAUCCAGCAGCAGAACCAACAGGCAUCCAGCGGCAGUGUUGGCAGUAAUAGCUCCAGUAACAAUCCCAACCGGUCGAUGCUGUCCGUCAAUCUGGAAGCGGCCGCCAUGGCAAACGAUCCGCUACGGGAUCUGUUCGAAGCGUGCAAAACGGGCGAUCUGGUCAAAGUGAAGAAGCUGAUCACGUCGCAGACUGUGAACGCUAGGGAUACCGCCGGUAGGAAAUCCACUCCGUUGCACUUCGCUGCAGGUUACGGUCGCCGAGAUGUGGUUGAAUUCCUACUCACCAACGGUGCAUCAAUCCAGGCCCGAGACGAUGGAGGGCUCCACCCGUUGCAUAAUGCGUGCUCGUUUGGCCAUGCGGAUGUCGUUCGUUUACUGCUGGAAGCCGGAGCCAAUCCAAAUACCCGGGACAACUGGAACUACACCCCUCUACACGAGGCCGCCAGCAAGGGUAAGGUGGAUGUGUGCAUUGCCCUACUGCAGCAUGGUGCUGAUCCAAACAUCCGGAAUUCUGAGAACAAAAUUCCUUUGGAUCUUGCCGAUCCUUGCACUCGGCCGGUUUUGACGGGUGAGUACAGAAAAGAUGAACUGUUAGAGGCAGCGCGAUCCGGAUCCGAAGAGCGACUGUUAGAACUGUUGACCCCACUGAAUGUCAACUGCCAUGCCAGUGAUGGUCGCAAGUCCACUCCUCUGCAUCUGGCCGCGGGCUACAACCGGAUUCGGGUGGUGCAAAUUCUACUGCAGCAUGGUGCUGAUGUGCACGCCAAGGACAAAGGUGGCCUGGUGCCGCUGCACAACGCAUGUUCCUACGGUCACUUUGAAGUAACCGAACUACUCAUCAAGCACGGUGGCAACGUCAACGCAAACGAUCUCUGGGCCUUCACACCACUGCAUGAGGCCGCUUCCAAAAGUCGGGUGGAGGUGUGCAGUCUGUUGUUGGCUGAAGGAGCCGAUCCGACGCUACUUAACUGCCAUAACAAAUCGGCUAUCGAUUCCGCACCGACACGUGAACUUCAGGAAAAGAUCACAUAUGAAUACAAGGGACACUGUGUACUGGACGCGUGCCGCCAGGCUGAUAUCCAGCGACUAAAAAAGAACCUCACCAAUGAGACUGUGAAUUUUAUCCAUCCGUACAGUGGAGACACUCCUUUGCAUGCCGUUGCUCAGUCCGUCUAUCCGAAGCGAAAGCAGGUAUUGGAGGUUCUCAUCAGGAAAGGUGCUCUACUGAACGAAAAGAACAAAGACUUCCUCACGCCCCUGCACAUCGCUGCGGACAACUCCCACUACGAGAUAAUGGAUGUGCUGCUGCGUCACAGUGCCAAGGUAGACGUGCUGGAUGGGCUCGGCCAGACUUCGCUUCAUCGAUGCGCCCGGGAAGAUAACAUCCAAGCGUGUAGGCUGUUAUUAUCAUACAAUAUCGACACUAGUAUUGUUUCGCUCCAAGGAUACACUGCUGCUCAGCUAGCGACUGAAAAUGUACUGAAAAUUCUGCAGGAUCCACCAUCCGACACGGUGGAUCUGGAGUGCCAACUGUUGGAGGCAGCUAAGGCUGGUGAUUUGGAUACGGUGCGUCGAAUUGUGCUGUCCAAUCCGAUGACGGUCAACUGUCGGGAUCUAGACGGACGUCAUUCGACACCGUUGCAUUUCGCUGCAGGGUACAACCGUGUCCCGGUGGUGGAGUUCCUAUUGGAACACGGAGCCGAGGUACACGCAUCCGACAAGGGAGGAUUGGUGCCGCUUCAUAAUGCCUGCUCGUAUGGACAUUAUGAGGUAACCGAGUUGCUGGUAAAGCACGGGGCCAAUGUAAACGUUGCCGAUCUGUGGAAGUUCACUCCGCUACAUGAAGCCGCAGCCAAGGGGAAGUACGAGAUUGUAAAGCUGCUCAUAAAGCAUGGAGCAGACGUAACGAAGAAGAAUCGUGAUGGUGCAACGCCAUUAGAUUUGGUUCGGGAAGGCGACCAAGAUGUAGCAGAUUUGCUUCGUGGUAAUGCGGCCUUGCUUGAUGCCGCAAAGAAAGGCAAUCUGGCACGUGUACAGCGACUGGUUACACCGGAUAACAUAAACUGCCGGGACGCCCAAGGCAGGAACUCAACUCCUUUGCAUUUAGCUGCUGGUUAUAACAAUCUGGAAGUGGCAGAGUAUCUUUUGGAGCAUGGUGCCGACGUCAACGCACAGGAUAAAGGGGGAUUAAUUCCACUGCACAACGCCUCAUCUUAUGGACAUUUGGAUAUUGCAGCUCUUCUGAUAAAGCACAAUACCGUGGUGAACGCCACAGACAAAUGGGGUUACACUCCACUACAUGAAGCAGCACAGAAAGGGCGGACCCAGCUUUGUUCACUACUCCUCGCACAUGGAGCCGAUCCAUUUAUGAAAAACCAGGAAGGUCAAACCAGUCUUGACCUAGCGACGGCAGAGGACGUGAAAUGUCUACUACAAGACGCUAUGGUUGCUUCUCAGGCAUCUAUCGCUGCCAAUGGCGGCAGCGGCACAGCUACGGGCAACACCACCUUAAUGGGAACCCCGUGUUCGCCAACGACUGAAACGGUCACACUGCCAACGGGUGCGUCGAUGACAUUAUCGGUUCCAGUUCCACAGCUUCCGGUACGCAGUUGCCUCAGUCCGGCGCAGGGUGCCGAAACGAAUGUUGAUGGUGUGAUUCUGGACGACGACAAGAUGACACAGGUGCCAUCGAUCGAAUCCUCGGUGUCCGCAUUCCUUACUAGUCUUCAGUUGGAGCAUCUGAUCGAGCUGCUCGAGCGCGAACAAAUCACAAUGGACAUCCUGGCCGAGAUGGGCCACGAAGAUCUGAAACAGGUCGGCGUAUCGGCGUACGGAUUCCGGCACAAAAUUCUAAAAGGCAUCGCCACCCUCCGGGCCACCACAGGACUAGGACUAACUCCGAACCCGGGCACUCUUCUGGUGGAUUUACUUCCCGACGACAAGGAAUUUCUUGCCGUCGAAGAAGAAAUGCAAGCGACGAUAAGAGAGCACCGGGAUAAUGGUCACUCUGGCGGUUACUUCAAUCGAUACAACAUCGUUAGGGUGCAAAAAGUCCAAAACCGUAAACUGUGGGAACGAUACGUUCACCGGCGGAAGGAAAUAUCCGAGGAAAACGGACACCAGGCGAGCGAACGGAUGCUUUUCCACGGAUCGCCCUUCAUCAAUGCCAUCGUGCAGAAGGGAUUCGACGAGCGUCAUGCCUAUAUCGGUGGUAUGUUCGGCGCGGGCAUCUACUUUGCGGAGCACAGCUCUAAGUCCAAUCAGUACGUGUAUGGGAUUGGCGGAGGAAUUGGAUGUCCGGCGCAUAAAGACAAAUCCUGUUAUCAGUGUCAUAGACAAUUACUACUUUGUCGAGUAGCUCUAGGAAAAUCGUUCCUGCAAUUUAGUGCAAUGAAGAUGGCUCACGCACCACCAGGACAUCACUCCGUCAUUGGAAGGCCGUCAGCUGGCGGAUUGCAUUUUCCGGAAUAUGUCGUAUACCGGGGUGAACAGGCUUAUCCAGAAUAUCUGAUCACCUACCAAAUCGUCAAACCGGAUGAUAGUGCCAGCCCCGAGGAACCAGCAAGAUGAUGGACAAUCUCCGCAGUCAGCAACAUUGGUCAGAACAACAACAUCGUUUUUGCCAGCACCAGCAGUGGUACCAACAAUAGCAGCAGUAAUCCUAACAACAGCAUUAGUAACGGUAGCAACACUAGAAGCAACAGCAACAACAAUAAUAAUGGGAACAGUGCAAUUGCCAGCGUGCACACUUCGAGUUUUACGAGAAUCCGCUCGACUACCCGUUCGACGAUGGCCAAAGCUACGGCGGUUCGGGUUUCGACUGGAAAAAAGUUCAGCCAACUAUUGAUCAUCACCCCGGCGGUUGCCAUCGAUAACAACAACGAUGGGGGCUACAGUGGGCCAUUCACUUCACACGACAGCGGAUGCGGAAGCAGUGGGGCAGGAAGCGAUGCAAGCUUAGAUGAAAGCGAUGGAGGCAAUGAUCGAAUCAACAACGCAAGUGAUAGGAACAACAACGACAAAUCAAAUCGAUUGAAGCUGCUACCCAAGGUACGGCAACAUAUCGUCACUAAGGUGUCGUCGUCUUCAAUGGGUGGCUGUGGAGGCAGGAAUGGUGAGAAUGCCACACACUCCUGGCGGUGGUGUUCGAUCAUUUGUUCAGCGGUAAGAUGUUUUCGGGCAGCUACUCAUACUCAGCAACAUUUUGGUACGAUUCAUUAUACGGCGAGUACAGGGGUGGGUUCGAAUGUUGACGAGGAUAUGGGUGCGAGAGGGAGGAACUCAAUAAGGAAUCCUCUAAGUAGUGGGCGUGUGGAUUCGGAAAGAAGGGGAACCUCUAGGUUCAGUAGCAACCAUAUCUACGAGUACACUAUCAAGAGUUAUCGUUCCGGUGCGAAUGACCAUGACCAUAUUAAUAACAAUAGCAACCGUAAUAAUGGGCAUCAUUCCGGAGGUGACUCGACCGAUCGAAGCAACAUUAUGUACAAGUUGUGACAGAAUUCGAGCACAUUAACUCCACAUUACAGCAGUUCUUUCAUGCUUUGGUUAUCGCUUCUCUGUAAGCCUUGCCAGCAGCAAAUAGCAACAACACCAUACUGCCAAAUAUUAUUAUCGAUGUUUGUCAUUAUUGUUGAUCUCAUACAAAUGCCGCAUCUCAUUAUAGAGAUGCAUUUGAAUAUUGACAAGUUGCAGGAAUAAGAUUCAGCGAUUUCAACUUUUUUUUCGAUUUUCAGUGAAUUUCAAAGCGUCCUAGAAAGUGUCUCAAAUAGAUAAGGAAGCAGAAACAAACUUAUGACACUUAUGAUCAAAAACGUUAUGCAUAUUUUUUUUUUUUGCUGUGGGCACAGUAAUUUCAUGAUAUUUUGUACCUAUUCAGAGUCAUAUGUGGCAUUUACGAAUGUACGUAUAUUCACACUACAGACGUCCCAGGUGAUCAAAGGGCGUUCUUUGAUAUCAUUUGAUUGAUUUGAACAUGAUAUUUUCAAAAGUUCUUUUAAGCAGCAAUUUCUAACAAUCAAACGAAAAUUUAAUAGAUUCUAUGUAAUCCGAGCAAAACUUCCCAUGUUUUUUUACAGUUAAGUUGGGGAUUUCGAAAAGAACGAAAAAUGUCUUAAUCUUUCUAAUCUUAAUUUCUUUCUGGCGUUCUGCUGCAUUAGUACCAAAACACAAAAGUUUGAAGAUAACUAAGCUCUGGCUACUCAUUAAACACAUAUAUUGAACUCUGUUUUCAUUGAAUGAUCGGUCCAUCAGCAUUGGUUGGUUGAAACUUGUAAUAUCGGAACAGAAAAGCGUCACUCGAACGAAACAACACAUCAAUCCAAUAAUUUCUAAAGACCGUUGACCUUAUUUUACGUACAUGUGUGUUUAUUUGAUUAUCUAACAAACAAAACACUAUCUGCAACUGAACCAAAUUGGGUGUAUUUUUUUGAAACAAUAAUCACGUUGAAAAUAAAUAACAGUAUUUAUAGUCCCCGAAUUACUUAAUGAAUAAUAUGAGCGAGACAAAUCUACAAAAAAAGUUCUGACACAUGCGCUGAAAAUCGACGAGAGAAAAAGUUAACCCUUUCCCUCCCAUGAAAAAUAAGAAUUUUAAAUGCCAAUGGGUCAUAAAUAUUUGAAACAAGACAAAACCAUUAACUUCUUUCCAUUCUACAGUUCUACAGUACGACAAAAGGCGUGUACCACCUAUGCUACUUUGGGAAGGAAAAGGUUAACCCACUGUUUUUGCGGUGGUAAUGACCAUACUUUGACAAUUUCUUGGUGUGACUAUAGUUUCAUUAUUCGUUUUUAUUUGUGUUUAAAAAAACGAGAACUGAUGAAUUUAAUCGUAAGCUUUUCUUCUACCAUUUUGUAUGGUUGUCCUGGGUGUUCGCACGUGAUCUUGAAUCUAGGCCGAAUAGAAGAUGGUAAAAUCUGGAAAGACAGUUUUUGUGAGAAAAGUUAAAUAUCUACAAAUAUCCUACUCUCUAUCCAUAUACUCUAAUUAAGAAAAUACCGAAAAAAAAUCUUUGAAAAACCAGAACAAAAAAAUAAUUGAAGAAGGCGAUCAUGGCCAUCAUAUCCAGGGUCAAUGAGCAGUAUGGCAUGUAAUGGCAGGUCUUUUUUAGUAGUAUAAUAAAUUAUAAUACAUAUGCGCAAAUGAA